CCCCCCCCCCUCCGGUGCUACCGGUCGCACCAUGCGAAGCGCCCGGGCGCUGCUGCUCGCCCUCGCCCUGCGGGUCUGCGCGUUGGACACCGAGACCCCCGCCGCCGGCUGCACCUUCGAGGAGGACGGGGACCCGAACCAGUGCGAGUACAGCCAGGGCGAGGACGAUGACUUCAGCUGGGAGCUCGUCCGCAGCUACAUGAUGCCACACCUGAUGGCUGACCUGCCUCACGGCUCUUACCUGAUGGUGAACUCCUCGCAGCACGCCCCGGGCCAGAAAGCUCACCUGCUCUUCCAGGCGCUGAGCGAGAAUGACACCCACUGCCUCCAGUUCAGCUACUUCAUGUACAGCCGGGACGGCCACAGCCCCGGCACCCUCAGCGCCUACGUCCGGGUGACAGGGGGCCCGGUGGGUAGCGCCGUCUGGAACGCCUCCGGCUCCCAUGGCCGCCAGUGGCACCAGGCGGAGUUGGCCGUCAGCUUGUUCUGGCCCAGCGAGUACCAGGUCCUCUUCGAGGCGGUGGUCUCCAGCGAGCGCAGGGGUUAUCUUGGCUUGGAUGACAUUUUGCUCUUGAAUUAUCCGUGCUCGAAAGCUCCUCAUUUCUCCCGCCUGGGCGAUGUGGAGGUCAACGCGGGACAGAAUGCCACCUUCCAGUGUGUGGCCGCCGGCAAAGCCGCUGAGGCCGAGCGGUUCCUCAUGCAGAGGCAGAGCGGCGAGGUGGUCCCCGCCGCCUCCGUGAAGCACAUCAGCCACCGGCGCUUCCUGGCCACCUUCCAGCUGGACGAGGUGUCCAAGGAGGAGCAGGACCUCUACCGCUGCGUCACCCAGUCCAGCCGCGGCUCGGGCGUCUCCAACUUCGCCGAGCUCAUCGUGAAAGAGCCCCCCACACCCAUCGCACCCCCCCAGCUGCUCCGGGCUGGCUCCACCUACCUCAUCAUCCAGCUCAACACCAACUCCAUCAUCGGCGACGGCCCUAUCGUGCGCAAGGAGAUCGAGUACCGCAUGACCUCAGGGCCCUGGUCGGAGGUCCAUGCUGUCAACAUGCAGACCUACAAGCUCUGGCACCUGGAUCCGGACACCGAGUACGAGAUCAGCGUCCUGCUCACCCGGCCCGGCGAGGGGGGCACCGGCAAACCGGGGCCGCCCCUCAUCAGCCGCACCAAGUGUGCAGAGCCCAUGCGGGCCCCCAAAGGCCUGGCUUUCUCCGAAAUCCAGUCCAGGCAGCUGACCUUGCAGUGGGAGCCGCUGGGUUACAACCUGACCCGCUGUCACACCUACACCGUCUCGCUCUGCUACCGCUAUUUCGUGGGCACCGGCCACAACCAAACCUUCCGGGAGUGCGUGAAGAUGGAGCGUAACGCCAACCGCUACACCAUCAAAAACCUCCUGCCCUACAAGAACAUCCACGUCAAGCUCAUCCUCUCCAACCCCGAGGGUCGCAAGGAGGGCAAGGAGGUGGUUUUCCAGACGGAUGAGGAUGUGCCCGGUGGCAUCGCCUCCGAGUCCCUCACCUUCACCCCGCUGGAGGACAUGAUAUUUCUGAAGUGGGAGGAACCAGUGGAGCCCAAUGGCCUCAUCACACAGUAUGAGAUCAGCUACCAGAGCAUCGAAUCCUCCGACCCGGCGGUCAACGUGCCCGGCCCGCGACGCACCGUCUCCAAGCUACGCAACGAGACCUACCACGUCUUCUCCAACCUCCACCCCGGCACCACCUACCUCUUCUCAGUCCGGGCCCGCACCGGCAAGGGCUUUGGCCAGACGGCGCUCACCGAGAUCACCACCAACAUCUCCGCUCCCACCUUUGACUACGGGGACAUGCCGUCGCCGCUGAGCGAGUCGGAGAGCACCAUCACGGUGCUGCUGCGGCCAGCGCAGGGCAGAGGGGCUCCCAUCAGCACCUACCAGGUCAUUGUGGAAGAAGACCGGCCCAAGAAGCUCAAACGGGAGCUGGGUGGGCAGGAGUGUUUCCCGGUGCCGCUCACCUUUGACGACGCCAUGUCCCGUGGCUCCGUGCACUACUUUGGGGCCGAGCUGCCCGCCAGCAGCCUCACCGAAGCCAAACCCUUCACCGUGGGGGACAACCAGACCUACAGUGGCUACUGGAACCCGCCGCUGGAGCCCAAGAAGGCGUAUCUCAUCUACUUCCAAGCCAUGAGCAACCUCAAAGGGGAAACCCGGCUGAACUGCGUCCGGAUCGCCCGCAAAGCCGCCUGCAAAGAGAGCAAGCGUCCCCUGGAGGUGUCGCAGCACUCGGAAGAGAUGGGCCUGAUCCUGGGGAUCUGUGCCGGAGGCCUCAUCGUCCUGAUUAUCCUCCUGGGAGCCAUCAUCAUCGUCAUUCGGAAAGGGAGGAACUACUAUUCUUAUUCCUAUUACCCAAAACCCGUCAACAUGACCAAAGCCACCAUCAACUACCGCCACGAGAAGACGCACAUGAUGAGCGCCAUCGACAGGAGCUUCACCGACCAGAGCACACUGCAGGAGGACGAGCGCCUGGGGCUCUCCUUCAUGGACACCCACAACUACAGCAACCGGGGCGACCAGCGCAGCAGCGUGGUCAACGAGUCCAGCAGCCUGCUGGGGGGCUCCCCCCGCCGCCAGUGCGGCCGCAAAGGGUCCCCGUAUCACACCGGGCAGCUCCAUCCCGCCGUCCGGGUGGCAGAUCUCCUCCAGCACAUCAACCAGAUGAAGACGGCGGAAGGCUACGGCUUCAAGCAGGAGUACGAGAGUUUCUUUGAAGGCUGGGAUGCUUCAAAGAAGAAAGACAAGACCAAAGGGAGACAGGAGCACAUCUCCACAUACGACCGGCACCGAGUGAAGCUGCACCCGCUGCUGGGUGAUCCCAACUCGGACUACAUCAACGCCAACUACAUUGACAUUCGGAUUAACCGAGAAGGCUACCACAGGUCCAACCACUUCAUAGCCACACAAGGGCCCAAGCAGGAGAUGGUGUACGACUUCUGGCGCAUGGUGUGGCAGGAGCACUGUUCCAGCAUCGUGAUGAUAACCAAGCUGGUGGAGGUGGGCCGGGUGAAAUGCUCCAAAUACUGGCCGGAUGACUCCGAGAUGUACGGGGACAUCAAGAUCACCCUGGUGAAGUCGGAGACGCUGGCCGAGUACGCCGUCCGCACCUUCGCUCUGGAGAGGCGGGGCUACUCGGCCCGGCACGAGGUGAAGCAGUUCCACUUCACGUCGUGGCCCGAGCACGGUGUCCCCUACCACGCCACGGGGCUGCUGGCCUUCAUCCGCAGGGUGAAGGCGUCCACGCCGCCUGACGCCGGCCCCAUCGUCAUCCACUGCAGUGCCGGCACGGGGAGAACUGGCUGCUACAUCGUCCUGGACGUUAUGUUGGACAUGGCUGAGUGCGAAGGCGUCGUGGACAUCUACAACUGCGUGAAGACCCUGUGCUCGCGGAGGAUCAACAUGAUACAGACGGAGGAGCAGUACGUCUUCAUUCACGACGCCAUCCUGGAAGCCUGCCUGUGCGGGGAGACCAGCAUCCCCGCCAACGAGUUCAAACCCACCUACAAGGAGAUGGUGAGGAUAGAGCCGCAGAGCAACUCCUCACAGCUGCGGGAGGAGUUUCAGACCCUGAACUCGGUGACUCCCCACCUGGACGUGGAGGAGUGCAGCAUCGCCCUCCUGCCCCGCAACCGGGAGAGGAACCGCAGCAUGGACGUCCUGCCGCCCGACCGAUGCCUUCCCUUCCUCAUCUCCGUGGACGGAGACAGCAACAACUACAUCAACGCGGCCUUAACCGAUAGCUACACCAAGAGCGCUGCCUUCAUCGUCACCCUGCACCCGCUGCAGAACACCACCACCGACUUCUGGCGGUUGGUGUAUGACUACGGCUGCACCUCCAUCGUCAUGCUCAACCAGCUCAACCAGUCCAACUCCGCCUGGCCCUGUUUGCAGUACUGGCCCGAACCAGGGCUCCAGCAGUACGGCCCGAUGGAGGUGGAGUACAUUUCCGGAGCGGCGGAUGAGGACAUCGUGUCCCGUCUCUUCCGAGUCCAGAACAUCACACGGUUGCAGGAGGGGCACCUGAUGGUCCGGCAUUUCCAGUACCUGCGGUGGUCACCCUAUCGAGACACCCCGGACUCCAAGAAAUCCUUCCUGCACCUCUUGGCCCAAGUGGAGAGGUGGCAGAAGGAGAGUGGCGAUGGCAGGACCGUGGUGCACUGCCUGAAUGGAGGUGGCCGGAGCGGCACCUUCUGUGCCUCCACCAUGAUCCUGGAGAUGAUCAAGUGUCACAACAUGGCAGAUGUUUUCUAUGCUGCAAAGACCCUCCGCAACUACAAGCCAAAUAUGGUAGAGACCUUGGAGCAGUAUCAUUUUUGCUAUGACAUAGCACUGGAAUAUCUGGAGUCGCUGGAGACCAGAUAGCACCUCGCCAGGAGAGCGGCAGCAAGGGCUUGCGCAGGGGUCGCGCCAACCGUGCGUUUCGCACUCAGACGUUGCGUUAGUGCUGAAGUUGAGGAGGGGAAACAGCCAAGGACUUGACGAGAAAACCCAUCCGAUCAAGAAAAACGAAGGGACGCGGGGACGUGUCGGCCGCUCCCCGUCUUCACCCUUCGCUCUCCAUCUUUCCUUCCCGCCCCGAGCGUGUCCGAGCGGCCAUGGGUCGGAUGCUACGACUUGUCCCGUCCUGUCCCUGCAUCGCUUUGAGUCAUGGUCAUGGGGUGGGUGUGCGAAGGAUGCGGCCCCGCGGCGCUGCCUGGGCAUCUCUGAAGCAGCUGGAGAGGAGGCCAGGGAGAGGAGGAGGAGGAGGGCAGAAGGAGCCGAGGCCGUUUCCCAGCAGGGAAGGAUGGAUAUUUGGAGAAGAGAUGUUGCUUUUUAAAUUGUGUGUGGAAUCGAAGCUGCUCUUCUGAGGAACCCAGACGGCUGCCGGCAGGUUUCGUCCUUGGUGGGGACACGCUCUGAGCUGGAGCAAAGGCCCCAAGAGGAGCUCUUGAGUUUCUGCCUCUUCGCACCAUGAGUUUGAUCUUCGUUUUUUUUUUAGUUCUGUGAGUUGCAACCUUUUGUGUAUCCAGCCCUGGACAGAGUGGGGACAUGGGACAGUGGUGGGACAUGGAAGGCACUGGGCACGCGAUGUCCAUCUGCAGAGACCGACCUGGAUCCCUCGUGGCGUCUUUGCAAAGCUUUUCAAGCAAUGGUUCGCCUGCAUCUCCACACUGUCUUCUCCAUCUGCAGCAAUUAAUUCCUUCUGGGCUGACCCAGAGGCACCAGCCCAUUUUUAACCCUUCCCUUGUGAAUCGCUGCACAUGAGACACCAGAAACAAAAUCCUCCAAAAUUCGGGUCCAUCCCAUCUGCCUCCUGCUUGCCGCCCCCAGGUAGUUGCCCAUGGAUGCUGCUUGGCUUUUGCUGGCCUUGGCGAAGCAGGAUGGUCGGUUGGCGUGGGGUGAGCUGUGCUGAAGCCCUCAGCCAUGGCAGCACUUCGGGGCUGGGCACAGGGAGGUCCCCAUGGCCCCGGCGCCACCUGGGGACAAACGUAUGGGGACAGUGAUUGAAGGUGCCUGAUAGUUUUUGGCUUCAUCCUGCUCUGGUUGGGUGUAAGAUGUCAUUUUUUUCGGUCCAAUAUUGCGAUAAUUACAGGGGUUUCUGCUUACGGGGCAGAGCCUGGUUGUAAUCAAGCUGUGGUCAGGGUUUUUUCUCCCUGCAAAUGGCCUCGAGGAGGUGCAACCAGAGGGAUGCAGGUCCAGGGUCUGCCUUGGAGACUUGAGGAACUGAGGAGAGUUUGCUCCUGUCUUGAGGGCCAGGCAGAACCCUUCACAGUCAUUUUUUGGGGGGAUGGAGCAGAACAGAUGAAAAACUGUCCUCCAUAUGCUCUAGGUUGCAUGUGGGCAACCCCAUCCUUCAUCCUCCGUCAUCCUUCAGCCCCUCCAUCCUUCAUCCUCCCCCAUCCUUCAGCCCCUCCAUCCUUCAGCCCCUCCAUCCUUCACCCUCCCCCAUCCUUCAGCCCCUCCAUCCUUCAUCCUCCGUCAUCCUUCAGCCCCUCCAUCCUUCAUCCUCCCCCAUCCUUCAUCCUACCCCAUCCUUCAGCCCCUCCACCCUUCAGCCCCAUCUCCCCAGGGCAAGGGAGGCUUCCCAGCCCUGCCUGCCCAGAGGCUGGGGAUCACUCUCCCUGGGGAGUUGCAUUCCAUACCACAACCGAAAGCUUUGGAAGAUGCCGUUUGGCCGGACCGAUCUGCAGCACAAAAGCCGCAGAGCCGAAACAGCUGUGCCCUGGAUGAGCAAACCCAGGAGAUAUUUCCAUCCGCCUUCCAAGGGUGGAGGGGAGCAACAAGAUAAAUCUCUUUCCACCUUGGAGGAUGUCCCACCCGCAGCCGUGCAAAUGCCUUCAAGUAGUGAUAGGGAUUUCAGCAGCGAUGGGGGGUUUUGCCCAGACAUUUGGCUUUCCCUUGUGCUCGCUGAAUAAUUCACACGGCCUGACAAUAACUUAUUCCAAGGGCUAUACGACAUUUCCAUCCCUGCUGUCUAUCCCUGCGUGUGCCCAUGCUGUCUUGUGACCAAAUAGUCUUUUUGCCCCACCAGAGCCUGCAGAAUGGUCCAGUUCCAUCAGUAUUUUCAGUAACUCGCGUUCGCAAGCCUUGACUUGGAAUAAAUUAGUGUCCUUUUCCCUAUCCCCAUCUCUCUGUAGACGUGUCCGCGCUGUCCUAGGGUGCUGCAGGGAAGGUGCUGCAUGAUGGGUGCAGGGGGGUCCCAGGGUGCGGAAAUUGUUUGGUUUGGGAUGAAAACGGCUGAGCCGAGCCUCUGAAAUUCCCAGGGUUGGGAUGGUGGUGGCACCAUUCAGCCCCCCAGAGCCUGGGGACUGAAGGGAUGGUCCCACUUCAUCCCAGACCUUCCGGGAGCCCCUGGUCCGGAGGGAGGGAGCAUUGCAGGUAAAGUGUUGCCAGAAAUUUAAGAAAAAAAACAUAAAAAAAAAAGGAAAAAUUGAAACCCCAUUUAGUCCUAUUGAGACAACAGAGACUGGAGGAGUUGUAUAUACGUUUUAAAAGCGAGAUUUUUUUUUUUUUUUUUUGAUAUUUCCUUCCCUCUCUGGGCUUUUAGGGCAUCUCUUCUGAAGGGCAGACUUUGAAAUCAAAGUGCUAUAAAAACCAACCCAUCUCCCGACUCCUACUGAGAUGCUCAUAUGACACGAGGCAAGGACAUCCUGUACAUAAAAAAAUAUAUAUAGAAAUAUAUAUAUAAAAAUUUAAAUACUGUUCUUAAGAUGGAUAACGUUUAUUGGUAUUACAGAUUGGAGUGGUGCUUUUUUUUUUUCUUUUUUCUUUUUAAUAAAAACAAAACAACCACACACCAAAAAAAAAAAAUAAAGACCCGAGAAAAACACCAAAUUGGAAUGAUUUGAUCUAUAUACAGAAAAAGUGACCCCGAAAGCUGGCAGCAUCCAAGAGCCGCUGCCGAAGGGACUGGUACCACGGAGCGGCUCCACCGCGGAGGGGGGACGGUGUGGUGGGAUGGAGGGAGGGAUGGCGAAGGAGGGACACGUCCCACGUGGGUUGUACCACGCACAUCCAGCUGUUGGUAACUGGUUUUUUUUUUAUUAUUAUUAUUAAUUAUUAUUAUUAUUUUUGGCUUUUUUUCCUUUGAAGAAAAUCGGUUGCAUAAAUAAAUGUUCCAAAUUUG